AUGAUAAGUUAUUUGAAAAUAGUCUUACAAAUUUAGAGCUUAAUUAGAGAAUUAACAAACUUGAAAUGCUAGAGCAAGAACAAGUAAGCAAAAUCAAAUAAUUAAAUACUAAGAUGUAAAAUGAUUGAACUAUUUAGAGAAUUAAUAAAUGAAGCUCAAAAAAAUAAAAGAAAUAUAUACUUAAAAGAAAUAAAUAGAAUUAAAAAAUCGACAUAUCAAAUACUUCAAAAAUUUUUGA